AUGGCGGCUCCCGUCCGGGCCCUCCCGCUCCCGUCGCCCGUCGCGUACCCCCGCAUGUCCUUGCGGGGCCGAAGCAGCUGCAGCCGGCGCCGCGCCCCCGGAGUUCGCGCGGCGGCGGCGGCGGCGGAGGGUGCUUCGCGGGCGACGGAGCCCGUGGAGGUGGUCGGCGUAGGCAGCCGGAAGGACGCCGUCAUCGACUUCUGCCUGGGCUCACGCACGCUGUCCUCCACCCCCAUCCGCUUCUGGACAGUACAUGUGAUUGAUAAUUCUAAAGUUCAGUUAAUACAAAAAGGUCAUGGAACUGAUGCAGUGUUCAGAGACUUGGAACCUCCCUUAUUUCUUCGUCUGUGCCCACCUGCGGUUAUUCUUGUUUCUAGUGUGGGACAAGAUGCUGAUCAUAUUACUGCAAUGGAGCUUCUUAGCGCUGUCAAAUCUGCUGGUAAUCUGGCUGCAUCAAUAUUUUUGAAGCCCUUCUGCUUUGAGGGACAAAGAAGGCAAGUAGAGGCAGCUGAUUUGAUUGGCAAACUUCAAACGUGCUCAAACUUUCAUAUUGUUAUUGAAGCUGAUUCAUUGCUUGAGACGGAAGUGGAAACUCUUGCUGAAGCUUUGGAAAGUGCCAAUAAUGCUGUCCUGUCAAUUAUUAGCAUGAUAUCUAUCAUGAUGUCUGGUUACAAUAAAAUGUUCUGGAGUUCCCUUAAUGCACAAAUUAAGGAAGUCGGUCCUGAGGAAGUAGCCAAGCUACUCAGAAGCUAUGGGGAAGCUAGAGUUGGCUUUGGUGCUGGUUAUAACAUCCAGUCAGCAAUUAAGCAGGCUGUCUUCCACUGUCCAUUUCUUCGUGGUGGCAUAAAGGACUUGAACAAUGUGGUUUUCCUCUCCCUUACAACUGCUCGGGUGUUGUCUGAAAAUGACAUGAUCUCCAUUUUGCACAUCUUUCGUCGAGUUACUGGGUUCACCAAAGAUAUUAUAUUUUCGAGAAAUUCUGAACCUGAUAUAGAGCCAAAACUGAUAGUAGUUUCUCUUCUAACUAUCCGAAACCCCUAUGAUGAAAGUGUUUCCACAGUACAAGAGGGCUUUCUUUCAAAUUUGGCCUUGUAUUUUCCUUUUAUAUCCUCUCUUAUGGGAGGAGAUAUCCCUGAGCAGAAACAAAUUAGGUCGAAGCAUUCCUUUAAUCAACUGCCUGACAACAGAUCUAAUUCUGUAGAACAAGACAAAUUCUCACAACUUGCUAAUUGGUCAUCUGAUGCUACUGUUUCCAAAUUAUUUCCUGAAGAAUUUGAGGAUUUGGAAUCUGUGAGAGAGAGUAAUGACAGGAAUGAGAGAAUAAAGCCAGAAUCUCUGGAAGGUAAUUUGACAGUUACUGGAGAAAUGAGCAAAGAUGAUAACAUAGAGCAUUUAGUUUCACAGCAGGAACAUCGUUUCUUGAGUAACUCCCCUGGUUUUGAUAUUGCACAAUUGUGGGCUAAACAGCGUGCGAUGGCAAGUGGAAGCAGUAAAAAUGAUAAGCUUGAUAUCGUCGCUCUUCCUGUUGGUGUAAAACUUAGCAAAGUUCAGUCUGAUCAUUCUCCAAAUACGCAGCCUGAAACUCUUGGUGCUGACACAACUGUUGCUACUGGACAUGCUGCCUUUGGAGUUUCAUUUUCUGAUGUUCGUUUGGAGAAAGUAAUGGACGUGUGUAGUUCUGCGGUCACAUUUCUGAGGAAUAGAAUGGAUAGGUCUCGAAAGCGUGGCUCAAACUCAAUAUCCAGCCGGGCUGCCCUGAUGCUCGAUGCAGAAAGAGAACCAGAAAAGACAUGGAGCCCCAUAGUUGAAAUACAUUAUGGAGGGGGAACUUAUAGAGGUAGAUGCCAAGAAGGUGUCCCUGAAGGAAAGGGGCGUCUAACCUUCAGUGAUGGAAGCUUUUAUGAUGGACUCUGGAGGUAUGGUAAGAGAUCUGGUUUGGGGACUCUAUUUCACAGUAACGGUGAUGUAUAUCAUGGGACAUGGAGGGAUGACCUUAUUCAUGGAAAGCUUAGGAGCUCAAGUGCUACCCGCCUUCUUGAUCUGGACGGUAUGAGCAUCUACCAUAUUCAUUUCAUCCACUGCCUUGCUGUUCCAAAAUCUGACGACGCGGCUGAUGACGCCGGAGCGGAGGAGGGCAAUCUGGGCAAUAUACGUGUGGUGCAGGAGAACGGACGAGCUCGUCGACGGGCCCAACGCGUCCCACAUCUCGGCGGUGGCGCUGGACCGGUGGGAGUCGCGGCUGGAGGACAUCUUCGCCGGGCGCCCGUACGACAUGCUCGACGUCGCCCUGUCCGACACCGUCGCCAACUUCCCCGUCGACAUCCAGCCGUUCAGGGACAUGAUCGAGGGGAUGCGCAUGGACCUGAAGAAGUCCCGGUACCGGAGCUUCGACGAGCUGUACCUCUACUGCUACUACGUGGCCGGCACCGUGGGGCUGAUGAGCGUCCCGGUGAUGGGCAUCUCGCCGGACUCCAGGGCGGCCACCGAGACGGUCUACAAGGGGGCGCUGGCGCUGGGCCUGGCCAACCAGCUGACCAACAUCCUCCGGGACGUCGGCGAGGACUACGUCAUCACUGUCCGUCCGAUAUGAAUAUGAUGUCAGCGUCCGUCCUCGCCCAUAUAUACAUACAUACACUGUGUACUUACACAUGCCAUGCGUGUGCUUCACGUGUGCCAACAAAUAACAGCGCCAGAAGGGGACGGAUCUAUCUCCCGCAGGACGAGCUGGAGAUGGCGGGGCUCUCCGACGCUGACAUCUUGGACGGCCGCGUCACCGACGAGUGGAGGAGCUUCAUGAGGGGCCAGAUCACCAGGACCAGAGCCUUCUUCAGGCAGGCUGAGGAAGGCGCCACCGAGCUCGAUCAGGAGAGCAGAUGGCCGGUGUGGGCUUCUCUGCUCCUGUACCGGCAGAUCCUCGACGAGAUCGAGGCCAACGACUACAACAACUUCACCAGGAGGGCCUACGUUCCAAAGACGAAGAAGCUGAUGGCGCUGCCCAAGGCGUACCUGAGAUCACUGGUGCCCCCUCUUCUUCUCAGGCUGAGAGACAGAGACACUACUCCAGCCUAA